AACGUGUUGCUUUGGGUUCAAUCUUGUGCUUGCUUUUCGAUAUAUUACCAUUAUCAUUUCAACUCUGUACCCUUUCCAAGUGAAUCCGAACCUGAAAAGGACAUUGUCCUACCUAACAUGCCUGUUUUGAGAUACGAUGAACUGCCUACGUUCCUACUCCUGUCGAGUCCUUUCCAAGCGUUGAAACGCGUUAUUUUGGAUCAACUCCACAACUUGUCCAAACCUUUUUGCAUACUGGUGGACUCAUUCCAAGAACUUGAAGAGGAGGUGGUAAGUCAUAUGUCGAAAAUUUACCCCAUUAGAACUAUUGGUCCCUUGUUAUUCAAUGACCAUGAAAUUUCUAGUCCCACGAACGUUCACAUUCGUGGUGAUUGCAUGAAAAUCGAGGAGGAUUGUAUUGAGUGGCUCGACUCAAAACCUCAUUCUUCAGUUGUUUACAUUUCAUUUGGUAGUAUUGCAGUUCCUGAUCAAGAACAGGUAGAUGAGAUCGCGUUCGGGUUAUUAAAUUCAGGGAUAUCUUUCAUGUGGGUCAUGAAGCCACCCUCUGAAUAUUCUGUUUUUCAGCCUGUUGUGUUACCUGAUGGCUUUCUUUCGAAAGUCCGUGGCAGGGGGAAAAUAGUGAAAUGGUGUCCACAAGAACAAGUCUUGUCUCAUCCUUCUACCACGUUUUUUCUGACACAUUGUGGAUGGAAUUCAUCGAUGGAGGCAAUUUCAAGUGGUGUCCCCAUCGUGGCUUUCCCUCAAUGGGGUGAUCAAGUCACGAACACAAAGUAUUUGGUUGAUGUGUUCAAAAUGGGGACUAGAUUAAGGAGAGGUGAGAAUGGGAGUACGAUAAUUACAAGGGAAGAGAUCGAGAAUUGCUUGCGUGAAGCCACUAGUGAUGAUCCAAAGGCCACGGAGAUGAAAGAAAAUGCGCGUAAGUGGAAGAAGAAAGCUGAGGAGGCAGUUGAAGGACGCGGUUCGUCAGACAAAAAUAUGCAAGCAUUUGUGGAUGAACUGAAAAAAAUCCAUGCCAAGAAACAAGAAGAAAAUGUCUAG